CUUCAAGCAUCAUUGUCCCUUUGGUACACAACGUGCGAUUCUUUAAAAUAUUUCCACUCGUCCCGUCCUCACACAAGCUUUCUGGUAUAUCUGCAGCACUCUCCGUAAAGCUGCUACUACGUCAUCGUCACCAAUCCUGUCGCCCGUGUCCCCCUAGCACCAUCGUCAGUGCAAUGAAAGUCGCCGGAGUCAUGGCCAGCUUGUCCCGGCGUAAACAGUGCUAGUCUAGCCCCUGGGAAUACAUGCGGUGCGAUAAGAUUCAACAGGAAAUUGGCGAUGUUAAGGUGCACUUAUAUGUGGCUGCAGCCUCGUUUCCUCAUUGCUGUCGCCGAUCCAUUGCUUCUUAGUGCGAAUGAACAGUACGCUGAUGCCGUCGUGACCGGUGUCCUUGAAAGACGGACGGGGUAUGAUUGCGACGAGAAGUUAUUGCCGGGUUGGUCAAAGCAUUUUUGGUCCGGAGCAGACGUGUGUAUGAGGUUCGAUCAACCGCUGGAAUAGAAGAAUAUCAUUCCGACUCGGUAGGUGGUCAAGAAAUAUCGCAGAG